GGCAUUUUCCACAGCCAAGUGGAAUCAUAAUGAAGCUCACUUGGAAUAAUCUAAGCACCCUUUUACUGUCCAUUUAUGUGCAUAUGUUUUCUAACUCCCUGUCCUCAGUUAACUUUGUCCCUCUCGCCCGUUACAGUUUGGUUUUAAGUGCAUUUAUCUGCAAAGUGGCUCAGAUGAUGAUACUGUAAUGAGUCACAGUUGUACAUGUAUAUGUGUAUAUGUAUUGAUGCCUCUUAAUUAGUUAGCUACUUCCCGUUCUCUUGCGCCAAUUUUACUACCAAACUUUCGGUUUGGGCUUGGAGACUUGGAAACCUUUUCCCGCCUGAUUAGACCACAACUACGUAUUUGCUGUGCAUCUGUUCAUGUAUCCACAUGCGUUCUCUUACUGCAUAUUCCUGAACAACUUUGUAUAUGGAUGUGUGUGUGUGCCUGUGUGUACUCUGUGUGUUUGUGCGCCUGCGCAUGUGCCUGCAUGCAUUUGGGCAUCUAUAUGUACAGGUUUUGCUCCUUUCUUAGAGCCUUCCCGUUGACAAGGACAAUGCUCUUUAGUUGAGUGGAAGAACAUCAUCCCAGGUGAUGCUCUUUAGUUGAGUGGAAGAACAUCAUCCCAGGUGACCUUCGCUUACAUAAAAAUAGUUGUGGGCUUACACUGAACAACACUUUUGUGCAUUCCAUGGUUAUGCCUUUACUUUAAUUACUUUCAUUUUGUCUUCUGGCUCUUUUCAUGUUCUUCUUCCUUUUACUUUUGUUCCCCAAGGCAAUGAUGGUGGAUGAUACAGAAAGAGGUAUAGAUUGGGCGUGCCUCUGGUUCCGUAUUGCAAGGAUAGCUUAUGCACCAAUGCUCACCAAGUACGCAGACAUUGUUCCGACUUUUCCGAAGUCAACAGCGGUUUGGACGGCCUGUUCAGAGACAACCACCUGCUGGUCGGAUGCACACAUCGGUACACCUACCUGAUGCCAGCAACAGGUUGGACGGUCUGUUUAGAGGCAACCACCUACUGGCCUUCGUUCGGUGACGGUUUUAUACAUUGGUCCUGUUCUGCGGCCUUUACUGAGCAUUCCUUUUUCCUUUUUUCCAGAAGCCUCAUUUCCCUCCCUGAGCCUCUCCCUUUUUUAAACUUUCCUCUGCAGUUUACCAUUCUUCUCCGUUUCUUCCAACUUUCAAGUUACCUCUGUUUUUUAAAUUUGUUCUUUCCCCUCAUAAUCCCUUGGGUCUGUUACCGGUUUGUUCGUAAAUGCAAAAAGAAAAUAAACAUGUCCAUCCCUUGCUACUUACUUUCUGGCACCUGAUUUUUACCUCCUUUUAAAGUGGCGCCUCUUCAGCCUGAGUUCGCUCCAUGCUGACUAUCCACCUAUCUUACACUAGGCUGCUGCACGAGGUUUGCGAGCAGCUACACCUAGCGGUGCCUCAUUUCGUGGCGGCUUCGAACUCGGAUGGGCAGUUCGUUAGCUCCAUGGAUCUGCAGAUUCCCCGGACCGAAACUGUCACUGAAACGGUCCGGUGUGAGAGCACACCCUUCCCUACUUACGCUGCUGCUGAGCAGGAUGUUGUGCGUCGGGCUCUAAGGAGGCUGAAGGAUGAGUGCGAUUUGCAAGUGCAGGAUGUUAACUACGAAGACUCGGUCGUCUACAAAAGUUUGUAUGAUCACCAACUGACUGAUUACGCUCUGUUGUUUUCACAGUUCAAUAAUCUGACGCGGGAGUACAAUAUCCUGAAGGAAUGCUACCUGACCACGCUUGCACAAAAGAACGAAUACAUCAACGAGAGGGUCAUGUUGCGCCAAGCUAUCGGGGAGUGCCACGACGCGCUGAACCGCCUUACUGUUGAACCACCGCCUACUACUGCCAAUCCAUCUGACGCCAUGUCUAACCAACCCGCUUAGCUCGCGGACCUUUUUACGUUGGGUUCUCUGUUUUGGUUUGGACUUACUAUUUUGGUUUGCGCUAUGCUUCUGUCCUGAACAAAGCUAGCUGUGUCUGUUCUCCUUUCUUCUUUAGCUCUAUUCUGUCUGUGUAACUUUGGGUUCUGCUGUUUGAACUAACUUUUGGUUGUGCUUUGUACUCUUCCACUUAUAGUUACUUUAUUUCUUUAAACUA